ACCUGAAUCCUAAGAAACAACGGAGACAGAGGAAUCCUUGCCAUUCUCUUCUUCUUCUUUCUCUCUGUCUCUGUUCAAUUCAUUCUCGGGUUAUUUCUCUUGUCACGAAUUUAUUCUUGAUCAAAUAUACACGCUUAUCUAUUUAUAUAUACAUAUCAGCAUGGCAUCCAUGCCUUUGCGGGCUAAAUCUGUACAUAAUUUAGAAGAUUUACGAAGCUGUUGCUUCGGCAAUACUCAAUCUUUGAUGCCUAACAAGGGUUUUGUGAAUUUUUAUAGCCGGAGCAGGGAUCAUCAAAAUCAGAUUUGCCAAGCACCCCGGCUUAGUAUUAGUUCUGCUGCUGCCUCUGCUUCGGUUGUAAAUAAUAAUACUAACGAUUGUAGUUGCAGCAGCAGUACUCAUUUAUCUGUAUUUAAUCCUCAUUCAGCUUCAAUUUAUAACAAUGCUUGUAUUUCUUCCAAAAAUAAGAAAAGGGUGUUUGAUAAGGAGGAAGGUGAUGUUUCUGGGAAUCUUGAUCGCUGGGUUAAAGAAUCCGUUGCCGAGAUAUUGAAUAACCUUGAUGAAGCACCUUUUCUUGUGCACAUCUACUCUGAUGGCGAAGAGGCAUCUGUAUCCACAAGCAACACCAGAUUAGUGAAAGAGAAGGCAGAUGCACAGAGCUGGCCCCGUAUCAAAGGAAGAUGGGGUGGAGGUCGCCCCUCUCCGAGUGGCAUUAUCUUGGUCGAAGAAAUGAGCACUGAAGACGCUCUUAGCUCUGAUGGUGAAUGCCUUGGAAGUUCGGGAAUGGAUUAUGAUUCGGGUUCUUCUUCAACCAAAGUAUGGGGUAUACUGAUUCAAGGCAAAGGUUCAACUUGCCCUGCUUGUUACAUCCUGAAAACUUGCCGAGUGAGGUCUAUUGCAGGGUUCUGCACUCACUUUUGUUUGGUUAGAGUGAAGUGCUUCUUUGAAAGUGUAGAUAUACAGCUCAAGAAAUUGUGGCUGGUGUAAACAUCUUAUUCUCAGUGUUCAAUUUAUUGAAUCAAAUCUAACAACCCUAUCAGAGGCCAUUCAAAAGAA